CCGUAACCUAUUCUUUCAGGCUUCUUCGUGGAGACUUUUUGUCUUAAUUAAUCAAUCAUGUCAGGUCGUGGAAAGCAAGGUGGCAAAGCUCGCGCUAAGGCGAAGACCCGGUCUUCCAGAGCCGGUCUGCAAUUUCCUGUGGGGCGUGUGCAUCGCCUGCUCCGCAAGGGCAAUUACUCCGAGCGCGUUGGCGCUGGCGCUCCCGUGUAUCUGGCGGCGGUGCUGGAGUACCUGACGGCCGAGAUCCUGGAGCUGGCGGGCAACGCGGCCCGCGACAACAAAAAGACGCGUAUCAUCCCGCGCCACUUGCAGCUGGCCAUCCGUAACGAUGAGGAGCUCAACAAACUGCUGGGCAAAGUCACCAUCGCACAGGGCGGCGUCCUGCCGAACAUCCAGGCAGUGCUGCUGCCUAAGAAGACCGAAAGCCACCACAAAGCCAAGGGCAAGUAAAGCAUUUGUAUAGGGACAACACUCUACCAAGGAAGUAACACAAAAGGCUCUUUUCAGAGCCACCUAAAGUUUCUAUUAAGAGAGCAGUCGCGCUUCGGAUACUCCCUAUCUCAAAAAGGCUUGGCCAAGGAUAAAA